AUGAUGUACGGGCGUGAUAUAUUACGUGGACUACAAAAUUGGGCUAUUGGGUGGACUGACUGGAAUUUAUGUCUUGAUUUAAUUGGCGGUCCAAAUUGGGUCAAAAACUAUGCUGAUUCUCCUAUUAUUGUAAAUGUCACUGCUGAUGAAUUUUAUAAACAGCCAAUGUUUUAUGCUAUGGCUCAUUUUAGCCGAUUUAUUCCACCUGGCUCAAUUCGCAUUGAUUCACAAAUUUCAAGUAAAUUAACUCCAAGAUUAACUAAGCAAAUCGAAUCUGUCGCCUUUCGCAAUCCAGAUGGCAAUCGAGUACUAGUAUUAAUUUCAAAUUCGGAAGAAUUGAUUGAAGGAAUUAUUGAGGAAGAAAUUAAUGAUAAUAAAAAAUUAGAGGACGUGAAAAUAAGAACAAUAAAUGUUAGCCUACCCCCUAAGUCGAUAUCUACAUUAAUUUGGCCUAAAAACUUUAAUGGAUAAAUAUGGUAAUAAAGUAAAUUUUUUUCUCAAUAAUUUUAACAAAAUUAAGGAAAAAUUGGACAGUUUCGGUAAUCACUAUAAAUUCAGAAAGCCUCCUUAUUUCUUUAAAUCACCAUAUGCGAAUUAAUCGUACAUAUCUUAGAUACUUCAUUAAUGUUUCCUCCAUCGAUACCCUCUUGAUCCUACUAUAUCCGUCAAAAUAUCUCUCCAAAUCCCACUAUAACUAAUACCCUUCUAUCCCCCGUUAUUUCCUUAAAUCCACUUAAUCCCUCCAAAUCCAUUACUACACAAUGGUAAAUGUCCAGCUCGUCCUCCACAUGUCCGCAAAUGACUAUCUGCGAAAAUGCAUUCUUUCUGCAUUCUCCUCCUUUCCUCUC